AUGGCCACAAAGACCGGUGUUUUCAUUGUGGGUGCAAAACGAACAGCAUUUGGCACUUUCGGAGGAAAACUGAAAAACCACUCGGCCACUGACCUUGGUGUUAUCGCUACAGUCGCAGCUCUACAGCAUGCCGGAGUCAAAGCAGAUAAUAUCGAUCAUGUUAUCUUUGCAUUUUGUGCUCUGCACAACAAUGCUCAACAAUAUGCACCAGACCGAUUUGGUGUUUGA